AGCACAUGGUAAAACAAGACUGUGAAAACCACAAAAUAAGACAUGAAUCAUGAACAUUGAACAAAACCAAAACUAGACAUGGCAGUUGAUAACUGUUGUUGACUGGUUUGCCCUGAGGCUUGUGGGUGUGUUUGUCCAGCCCUCUGAGGAGCUUUAUUUAAGACAGAAAUCUGUCAGACAAGCAUCUCAGACUUGAUCGAGGAGACUCUGCUUUUCUGACUCAGUGUUGUAGUCUACAGUUGUCCAAGUUCAGACACAAUGACAGGCAUUAUUCCCAAGAGCAAAACAAAAGGCACUGACUUCUGUGCAGAGGGCAAAUACCAUUAUAUAAUCCGCUCUGAUCUCGGCUGCUAUAUGCAGACAAUUGAUGUAAAAGAAGGUUUAGACAUCUCUAUUUUCAAUCUGCACCCUGCCUGCAAAAAUGGAGACCAUUACCUUGGUAGUAAAGAUGGCUCCUUUUUCAUCAUCAAGGGAAAGUCAUUCCGCAGAGUUAACGACCUGACGACAGACAGCUGUGCUCAAGUUUGGAGCCUUCAUCCCAACUGCCAGGGUGGAGAUCACUACCUUUCAACCUAUGGAAGAUAUUAUAUCAUCUUCAAAGCAAAAGGCACAUAUCGAGUAACAAAUGAUUUGCAUCAAGACACAAAUAGUGCAGAAUACAAGCUGCACCCAGAGUGCCAAAAUGGUCUCUAUUACUGGGGCAUGCCAAACCACUGUUACGUCCUCAAGCCAGCCUCAGAGUGGGGAGUUGAGUUCUGCGGCAGUACUGACCUCAGCAAAGAUAAGUUCUUUGGUGUCUAUUCCGUUCAUCCUGAUGUUCUGAACUUCCUCCCUGGUGGUCUGUCAGUAACUAAAGGUCCAGCCUUUGGCAUUUGGGAGAAUAUUAAAACUAUAUCUAAUGACAGCAAUACACCAAUGACAUGGACAAAGAAAAUCAAUAAAAAGGUGGGAUACAAUAAGGAGAAGAUGACCCAGAUCACACACAACUGGAAGAUAGCCGCGUCCGCCUCGAUUGAAGCUGGAGGCCUUGCAAAGUUAAUUACGAAUUUACAUUUCUCCUUUUCUGCAGAAUAUGGAGGUUCUCAUGUCAGCACUGAAAAUGAAAGCUGGAACGAAAUGACUGAAGUGGAAGAACAACUCACAUUUGAGCUGAAGCCAAACGAGCGUUUAUAUCUGUGGCAGUACAAACUGGGUCUUGGUGAAGAACCAGUGUUGUUCUGCCGUGAUUUAAAGAUUGACGAUGAGCCAAACCCUCCAACUGAAGUCCCGCUGCCACCUGCAAAAUCAUGAAAACACAUCAGGAUGCUUUAACUCCAAGGAUAAUCAAGUGCUUCAGUUAAAAUACCUUAAUUAUAACUUAUAGAGUGAUUAGAUAUCUGCAAGCAUUGCUUAAAAUGAGGCUGGAAUUUUUUCAUAGCAAAGAGAUUUUUCAGUUACAGUCAAUGUAACCACAAUUUACAACACUGUCCAUUAUGGUAUUAUUGAAACUUGCUGUUUAUGAUUAAAAUAAACAGACAGAAUCUUAAUUUAAACCUCAAGAAAUCUCUUCUUAAAAUCUCGCACAUUCAAAACAACUGCAGAUCUUUCAAUAUGAUGGCUAAAUUGGGCUUUGGGAGUUUUGCUAGAAAAACUGGGGGCCUAGUGUAUAUUAUUGAUACAGUCAUAUAUCGGGAUAGUGUAACCAAAGUCUACUGAUGCGUUUGAUUCACAAAAGAUUCCUGAAAAGAGCUGCAUUCUGUACUCAUGCAUUUGGCGUAUACAUGUAAUUAAAAGCUUCUUUUUUUCACAUAUUUUACUUUACGUAUUUUCAACAUAUUUUACUUUACAGCAUACGUAUACCAUAUGGAUUUUGCUUUUAAUAUGUUUAAUAAAGGUGGAUACUGCUAUUAAAGUCUUGGUGUUUUC